AAAUUAAGAGCAACAUCAAACUUACUUGGUGGAAAUUGGCGCCAGUCCUCACCAACUCCUGCUCAGACAUCCAUACAGCCAUCCCAGGAUAAAGAAGAUAUGGACCCAGAGCUUGCAAGAUACUUGGACCGUUCCUACUGGGAACAGCAGUCUCAGCAAAAGCAGACUUUUCAACAAAAGCAGGACCAAGGAGUGAGUGAUUUGGCUAGCACUCUUUCACCCACGCAACCAUCAGCACCCAUAAAUGCCACCAAGUCCUCACUCUCUCCAACCAAACUUUCCCAAGUCAAGAUGACAGAAAAUUACCAAAAUGGAGAGACAGAGGAAGUGGAUGAGUUUGUGACAACUCUACGUACUCAGUUAGAAAUAUUUGUGAAUCGCAUGAAGAGCAAUCAGUGUCGAGGACGUCCCAUUGCUAAUGAUUCAUCUGUUCAAACUCUGUUCAUGAACAUCACAGCAAUGCAUGCUCAGCUGCUGAAGUACAUUCAUCAGCAAGAUGACAAAAGAGUAAACUGUGAACGUCUUCAAGACAAAAUUUCACAGGUGAGGGAUGCCCGAGCUGCUCUUGAAGCCCUCAGGGAAGAACAUCGUGAACGGGUGAGACGUGAGAAGGAGGAACAAGAGCGUUUAAGGCAAGUUCAGAUGAUGCAAAAGCUAGAAAUCAUGAGGAAGAAGAAGCAAGAAUAUUUAGAGUAUCAGAGGCAGCUUGCGCUUCAUCGUAUGGCCGAGAGUGAAAGAGAGAUGUUCAACAAGGGUUCUGUGAUGGGACCACCACCCACCUCCAUGUACCCAAUGGGUUACCCUGCAUACCCUGGUGUGGCUGGGCCUAUGCCAAGCCAGCCACCAUUACCUGGGCAUAUGUAUCAGGGUCAACCUGAGUCAGGGCCUCCCCAGGGAGGUGUACCACAAGGUGGAAUGCCUCAGACUGGAGUCCCACCAGGUGGUGUGCCACAAGGGGGUGCUCCGCCAAACUCUAUGUCAUAUCCUGGAGGACCAGGACAAGGCCAGUACCAGCAUCCUCCUCCGGGUAGCCACCCAGGUCCAGUGAUGGGAGGGGGUCAGGCAGGGCCUCCGCCUGUGACUCAACCAGGGUACCAGCAGCCUCCACAUGAAUUUUCCCCAUAUAACAUGCAGGGAAUGGCAAACAGUCUCCCAAAUAUUAGUGGUGGGAUGCCAGGCUACCCACCCCAGCAGCAACCUGGACCAGGCAUGGCUCCUCCGCAGAUUACCAGUCAGCAUCCUAUUGCUGGGCCAGGACAGCAGCCACAAGGCGUGAUGCCUAUGCAAGGUGAUAUGAGUGGAGGAGCCCCACAGAUUCCUCCUCAAGCCCAGCCACCCCCAACAACACAGGAGCAGCAGGCUGAGCUUAUCUCAUUUGACUGAGAGUGGACUGAGUCUUUCUGAUGCUUGAAAAGAUUAUGGAACUUAGUCAGCUUUUUCCAGCUUCUUUUCUCUGGACUUUUUCACACAGUCUUAUACACUUAUUGUCUAUCAGUGGAAGAGAAUUCCCCAUGGUUAGCAAAGUAAAUAUACUUCAUUUUGAUGAUAGUAAUUAUAAAGGAAACAAAACAAUAAACUGAAAUCUAUAGAAAUCUUCAGCAUUCUGUUAAAUUACUGAAAUAUUUAGUUACAUUUAUUUCUGAUGGCCAGGUAACUGAGA